AGCAUAAACAUUUCUUCUGAAAGUGUCAGUGAUUAUAGAAACACAUCAAAUGACAAUAGCUCUAAUUGGCAUGCUGAUCUUAAUAACAUGACACAGUAUUCCCAUGAAUACUCUGUCUCAAAAGAGUUACUAACUGCAGAAGGCAAUCAGUCUUUCUUUGCUAGUGAGAUACCUGCCACUAAAUCCCCACUCUGUCUGCUGGUAGAUUUUGAUUUGCCAUUUUGUCAUAGUCUGAAAAAUGGUAGUUUCAUUAUACCCAACUUUCUUAACCAGAGCAGUGUGGAAGAUGUGCAGUCAUUUCUGGGUGAGUGGGCUUUUCUCAUUCAGUCAAACUGCCAUGAGGCAGUGGAGUGGUUUUUCUGUUUGCUGGCAAUGCCAAGCUGCGGGAUGCCAGGCCUGUCCCCACAGAUGCCAUGCCGCAGCUUCUGCGAGCUCCUGACCGACAACUGCUGGACACUCCUGCAGGACAGACGCCUCCCAGUGGAAUGCAGCUCACUCCCUGAGGAGGGUGAUGAUGGCAAUCAGUGCUUGUCCAUUAGUACCCAGAAAGCAGAGAAAGGUGUUUCGCUCUCGCAGCUAAUUGGUUACCCUCUCCCAGAUGGCGUCAUCAGAAGUUAUGAACCAGACUCUGGCUUUGUGUUCGAUCAAAACUCCAAGACUGGUCAGCUGGCCCGCGUGCACCUGCCCAAAUCUUUUUACCGUGACUUCUCGCUCAUGUUCAACCUGAAGCCCACUUCUACCAAAGCUGGAGUCAUCUUCUCUAUCACAGACACCAACCAGAAAAUCAUGUACGUCGGGGUGAAGCUUACACCCGUGAAGGACGGAAAGCAGAAUAUUGUCCUGUUCUACACUGAGCCAGACUCCCAGGCAUCCUAUGAGGCUGCAAGCUUCACUGUUCCCUCCCUUGUCAACUACUGGACUCGUUUCUCUCUCAGUGUGUUGGAUGAUAAAGUUACCCUGUACCCCAGUUGUGACUCAGAACCCAAGAUGCUCCCUUUUGAGCGUUCUCCAGAUGAAAUGGACCUGGAACCAGGAGCCGGUAUCUUUGUGGGCCAAGCUGGAGGAGCUGAUGAUGAUAAGUUUGUGGGUAUUAUUGGAGAUCUAAAGGUGGUUGGAGACCCCCAUGUAGCUGCACAUUAUUGUGAAGAAGAAGAGGAUGAUUCUGAUGGAGCCUCUGGUGAAUAUGGAAGCGGUUUUCACGACCACGAACACACAGUCACGACCACAAGUCAGCCUUCCAAUCCCCUACAGCAGCCUCCAGUGAUCCCUACUGUGGUAACAGUGAGCAAAGAUUUGCCCAAAGUGCUAACAGGUGUAGGAGCACGGGGAGAAAAAGGUGAUAAAGGAGACCGAGGACCCAAAGGAGACCGUGGUCCUGAGGGCCCCAAGGGAGAUGCAGGGGCCAGGAUCGGAUCUGGAGGCGGAGGUGGUGCUAAGGGAGAGAAAGGUAGCCAAGGAGAAAAAGGAAUGAAGGGUGUUGCAGGAUUUGGCUAUCCUGGAGCAAAGGGUGAUCAAGGACCACCAGGUCUUCCAGGUCCUCCUGGUCCUCCCGGGCCCACUGCUGACAUAUUGGAGAGAGGAGAUGGCUCCGUAGUGCAGCGUGUACCAGGACCAAGGGGACCUCCAGGACCUCCCGGACCUCCAGGGCCUGCUGGGCCUGAAGGAGAAGCUGGUGACCCUGGUGAAGAUGGAAUUGCUGGACCAAUUGGACCACCUGGUUUCCCAGGAACCCCUGGAGAUCCUGGAGCUAAAGGAGCAAAAGGUGACAAGGGAGAAGGUAAUCCCGGACCCAGGGGACCACCAGGACCUCCGGGACCUCCAGGACCCACCUAUCACUCAGACAGGCCUACAUUUGUGGACAUGGAGGGCUCUGGCUUUGGUGAUCUAGAGGGUUUGCGGGGAAUGCCUGGUUUGCCUGGUCCUCCUGGCCCACCUGGCCCACCUGGACCCCCAGGACCUGAAAGUAGUUCUGCUUCACAUGCGUCUGUUUCUGGAAUCCCCGGACCUUCGGGUCCACCUGGAAAGGACGGUGCUCCAGGACAACCGGGACUUCCAGGUGCCCCGGGUUCUGACGGAAAGCCCGGCCUGCCUGGCCCUAAAGGAGAAAAGGGUGAUACCGGCGAGCUCGGCUUACCUGGAGCUGUCGGGGAAAAGGGUGCACAGGGGAUUCCUGGUCCUCCAGGACCACCCGGGCAGCCUGGCCUCGCUGGCCUUCCAGGACCAAUGGGACCUGUGGGACCACCUGGGCCUGCAGGGCCGGGCUACCAUGUUGGAUUUGAUGACCUGGAAGGUUCAGGUGUAAACUUUUAUGGUGGCGUGCCUGGGGUCAGAGGACCAGAAGGAGUACGGGGUCCACCUGGUCUGCCGGGUCAGCCAGGUGUACCUGGGCAGAAAGGAGAGAAAGGCAGCGAUGGACAUCCGGGAACAGUUGGCCAUCCUGGACUUGAUGGCUUUCCAGGCCCACAGGGACCUAAGGGAGAACGUGGAUUUAAAGGAGACAGAGGUGAUCCAGGUCGUGAUGGUGUUGGCCUUCCAGGACCACCUGGACCCCCAGGACAAAUCAUCUAUCGCUCUGCAGAUGGUCAUGUGGUUGACUCACGUCUGUCUGGCAUCCCGGGUCAAGCAGGAUUCCCAGGCCCAAUGGGACCAAAGGGUGAAAGAGGAGACCCAGGUUCUCCAGGACAUGGCAUUAAGGGUGAGAAAGGAGAACCUGGUGUGGUUAUUGGACCUGAUGGAAGCCCUCUAUUUCUUGGUUCAAUGGUUGGUCAAAAGGGGGAGAGGGGACCUGAUGGACCUGUUGGACCUCCUGGACCAUAUGGUCAUCCCGGCAUGAAGGGUGAGAUCGGAAUGCCAGGCAGGCCUGGCCGGCCAGGUAUAAUUGGAAGUAAAGGAGAAAAAGGAGAGCCCAGCUCUGGCUCAGGAUACGGUUAUCCAGGUCCUCCAGGUCCUCCAGGUCCACCAGGUCCACCAGGACGAUCAGUAUACCCUGCAGAUUUAGACAGAUUUGGGAGACAUGAAGACUCUGGAAGAGUGUAUCCAGGUAUGAAAGGAGAGAAGGGAGAUCGUGGGCUCCCCGGUAUUCCUGGGACACCAGGGAACUUUGACGUUUUCACGCUGAAGAGCGAGCUGAAGGGUGAGCGUGGAGACCCCGGACUGAAAGGAGAGAAGGGCGAGCCGGGCGGACACUACGGUUCUCACUACGGAAGUGUGCAAGGACCACCAGGACCUCCUGGUCCUAAAGGAGAUUCUAUCAGAGGGCCACCUGGUCCAGAGGGUCCACCAGGACCUUCUGGUAUUGGUUAUGAAGGUCGUCCAGGACACCCCGGACCACCAGGACCUCCUGGGCCACCUGGUUUACCCUCAUUGCCUGGUGCUCACAGACCUUCAAUCAGCAUUCCUGGCCCUCCUGGUCCUCCUGGUCCACCAGGCCAGAGCGCUGGAGUGACAGUACUGAGAACAUUUGAGCUAAUGCUUGCAACAGCACAGAGACAACCAGAGGGUGCUCUCUUCUACCUACUGGACACAAGUGAUCUCUAUGUCAGAGUGCGCAAUGGUGUCAGAAAAGUCAUGCUUGGGGAUCAUAACUCCUUCUACAGAGAUUCAAACAAUGAGGUGGCGGCAGUACAGCCUCCCCCAGUAGUACACUACCCUCCCAGCCACUCUGCAAAUAACGGAGCAGAAGUUUACUCCCCUGUUGACACUGCAGUCCGGCAGCCGGAGAACCCCAAUAGUGAGCAUCCUCAGCCAGGCACUGAUCCACACUACAACACACACUACUCCUCUCACCCAGACAUCAGGUACCCACCUCAGCCGGACAGCAGAUAUCCACCCCGUCCUGAUCAUCACAUCCCUGUACCUCCAGAGAGGUACCCCAUCACUCCAAUCCACAGACCCAGCAUACCCGUCCAUCAGCCUGAGGGCCAUGUACACACAUCUGGACCAGGGCUGCAUCUGAUCGCCCUGAACAGCCCUCAGGUGGGGAACAUGAGGGGCAUCCGUGGCGCAGACUUCCUGUGCUUCCAGCAGGCACGUGCUGCAGGCCUGAAGGGAACAUUCAGGGCUUUCCUGUCCUCCAAACUGCAGGAUCUCUACAGCAUCGUUCGCAAAUCUGACAGAAACACACUGCCUAUUGUCAACCUGAAGGACCAAGUGCUGUUCAGCAGCUGGGAAUCGCUGUUCAGUGAUUCAGAGGGCAGGAUGAAAACCAACAUACCCUUAUAUUCCUUUGAUGGCAGGGAUAUCCUCAGGGAUAGCAUUUGGCCAGAGAAGAUGAUCUGGCAUGGCUCCAGUGGGAAGGGUCACCGUCAAAUGGAUAACUACUGCGAGACGUGGAGGACGUCAGAUCACGCCGUGAUGGGUCUGGCCUCAUCUCUGCAGGCUGGCCAGCUCCUACAGCAGAAACCCAGCAGCUGCUCUAACAGCUUCAUAGUGCUGUGUAUCGAGAACAGCUAUAUCACGCAGUCUAAGAAGUAAAUGAUCCAUCAGUCCUAUAGAGUGCAGACCACAUUAGGUUAACUGUCUGGGCAGAAUUUUUUUUUUUCCAAUUUUCCACCCUGUGUAUAAAGAGAAAAAAAAAAACAACAAAAAGAAA